AUGGAGGACGGCAGGAGAGCCCCCAUCGCCGUCGUCGGCUGGGCGUGCACAACCCUGUGCUUGGUCUCCUGUGCGGCCGCCUUCUCGCACGGCGCCAGCCUUUCCGCCUGCACCGACAUGAUGCCCAGGCACCUGCGAGCCCAGCUGCACAGCCCCAGCAACAACUAUGUCACUGUCCACACCAACAUGUCCUUCUACUUCCCCGGUGACAAGGUUCCAGUGACGGUAAGGAGCACCCGGGAUUUCAUGGGCUUUUUGCUUCAAGCUCGCAAAGUGUCUAACGACGAAAUCGCUGGCACAUUCAUCUUCAUGCCUCCCGGUUCCAAGCUGCUGACUUGUUUUGAAGAUGGUGACACCGUCACCCACUCGGACAAGUCACUGAAGAGAAAUCUGUCCUUCGUAUGGAAAGCACCAGACCAACCCAUUGGAGACAUCAAGUUUUUCAUCUCCGUAGUCCAGUCGUACUUCGUUUACUGGGCAAAGAUCGAAUCUGCUAUCGUGGCUCAGCGAGGGCAAAACAAAACGCUUGCUGGCAGCGGCAAGAAGCCCGACGCCGUAACCCCCGUGUCCUCGCAGCGACCGGCUGACCCACACCCCACAGGUCCCACCUCUCCCGCGGCUGCCACCGGUUCCCCCCCGCGCACCCCCGUGCCGCCUGCCAGCCCCACCGGCAUCGCGGCAACGCCGGCACCGGAGCCAGGUUUCGGUGUCGGGUCAGAUGCCCGUCCUGUCGCUGAGCCGAAGCAGCCAGCCCGGCUUUCACGGUCCAGCGGCCGGGGGCUGGAGCCGUCCCUCCCCGGCCGAGACCCCGCCACGGCGGACGCCUUGCGAGGUUUCCUCUCCCGGGAUGAUGCCUCCAGCUACAGCACCUCUGACAGGGCAGGAAGCGUUGCCAGCGCUGCCACCCCGCGCUUGUGUUUGAUGUGUAAAGAAGACGGGCAGGCCAGUACUGAGAGCGGGGCCGGCUUGAAAGCCACCCCGCGUGUGACAGCAUCUCCUUCCGCCCCGCACGAACACGCUCACCUGGGUGAUGCCGCUGCGACAACAGCUUGGUUUGGCGAUGCCGACACUGCCGGCAAUUUGUCAUCGGCUUCAAGGCAAAUGGCAGAAAGAAAUCCGGCGCCGCAGCCGGAGGAGGCAGGCGCCAGGGGCGAGGAGGAGGAGGAGAAGGCAGCGGGUGGGAAUACCCUGCCAUGGGUGACCAGACCAGCUCCGGAAUCUGCUGUUCCCGGGAGUGGGGAAGACCGUGGCAGAGGGACCCGACUCCUAGCAGCCCAGCUGGGCAUCCUCCUGGUCUGCACCGCCGCCCUGGGCCUGGCGCUGGCAGCCGCCGUGCGCUGUGUCUGUGCCCAGCAUUGCCACAAGCGGACGGAGGUCUCCUUCAGCGAGCCGGACCCCGACGUCAUCGCCGUCAGAGAAAACGGGGAGGUGAUGCACUUCCGAAAGAUCCGGGAGAACAGCUUCGUGCUGGUGCAAGCCGAGUACAACUGGGUCAGCCCCUCAAGCAGCGGGAAGAAGACAAUCAUCUGA